ACGUCAGGGUUGGACCCACAGCCCAUGGGCACAAAGAUAUGGUUACAUUUUGGGUCUUGGCCUUCCCCAACCCCUCUAUUUAUUCCGGCCAGAUUCCGGCACAUUUUUUUUUCUUUAUAAAAUCCCCAUUUAACCUUGUGUUUGAAUCAUUUCGGACCUAACUCUCUCCCUCUGUUAUUAAACUCACACUUGGUGAAAUAGUUGUUUGUGUUGAGAGGAGGUACCUAAUCAUUAUAUUUCACAAACUUGUUUAUUAGUUUCACCAAAACACAAAGCACCUUAGUACUUUCGAUCCUAACACCUUUUCUUUAUCCGAUUCUCUUGUUGUUGAAGAAAAAUGAAUGCAUUACCGGACAUGCUACAGUGCAUGAGCACAUCUAGAAAUGCUUCGGAGAUGAGCGUGUUGGAAAGACAACGAGCUCGAAUCAAGUGGCAGCAACAUGAACAACUUGGGUUUUUAGAGGGGAAUAUGUAUUCUCAAGCUGAGGCUCUAGACUUUGAGUUGACGAGUAAUGACAGCUAUUUGAAGCCUGAUCCUGGAAUGGACAACGGGUGGCCUGAUUAUAGCAAGUUUUUAGAUAAUGAUUAUGUUAAAAUCAACUCUGUCAUGGGAAGAGAUAGCUUCAAGAAGAGGAAAGCUGACAAGGCCCUUGCUCAAAAAGCAGGUGAGGCUCAGUCACAAAACCUAAUAGUUGAGGAUCAAAGUAUUAAACAAAAGAUGAGUAAAGGACUUGCAGAAGAGGGAGAAUCAAAGAUUACAGCAGGCCAAAGAGAAACAUCUAAUGAUACAUCCAAGGAGAAUUCAAAGAUUUCUGAGGUUCAGAAACCUGACUACAUUCAUGUCCGGGCACGCCGUGGUCAAGCCACUGACAGCCACAGCCUGGCUGAAAGAGUAAGGAGAGAAAAAAUCAGUGAGAGGAUGAAAUAUCUGCAAGACUUGGUGCCCGGAUGCAAUAAGAUCACAGGGAAAGCAGGAAUGCUAGAUGAAAUAAUCAACUAUGUUCAGUCUCUCCAAAGGCAAGUAGAGUUUUUAUCCAUGAAACUAGCUACUAUCAAUUCCCGGAUGGACUUCAACAUUGAUAAUUUCAUCGCAAAAGAGAUGUUUCCAGCUUGCUUAUCAAACUUUACGACCAUUGGGUCAUCAUCAGAAUUGGCUGGUCCUUCCUAUCCACAAUUUAAUGCACUGCAACAAGCAGUUACAAGCGGACUGGAUUUGGGAAUAAACCAUUUUGAAAUGACACAUAAAAGAACUGUUAGCGCACCUAUAUCACACCCAGAAGCAUUAGUAGAUUCAUCCUGUUUCAAUACAAUACAUCCCCUUGCAACUUGGGAUGCUGAGUUACAAAACCUAUACAAUGCUGAAUUUCAACAAGCGAGCUCCACGACAUAUCAAUCUCAACCAUAUGCAGGUUGCACUGAAGGCAGCAAUUUGAAAAUGGAGAUGUGAACCAAUCGUUGGGCACACAAUUCAUUUCGGAGAGUUGGCUACAAAUAUCUUUGAUCCUAAUUCUUUUUUUACUAGUAGCAUAUACGGGAAAGCUAUAUGUAAAUGUUUAUUCGUAAUAUUAUAAUAUAUAAGCAGAAGUGAUCUGAGUAACAGUAUUCAUCAAAUGCAAAGUCUCUUGAAGAGCAAUGUAGUAUUGUGGUUUUAGUAAUUUUUAGUACUAGUUUCUUGAGAUGAAGGUUUACAGGGAAGAAAACACAUGAA